AUGCUGAACGACACACAGACCGUUUGGCUUGUGGAUUUUUACUCUCCGUGGUGUCCGCACUGCCGCCAGUUCGCCCCUCAGUGGGAAGAGGUGGCCAACGUCUACGCUAAAGUCAAAACAAUCCAACUAGGUGCAGUGGACUGCACGAAACAGAACGAAAUUUGCGGUCGCGAAGACGUGCACUCGUACCCCGCCGUCAAGAUGUUCCACGCGCCGCCUGAUGCCAAUGAAGCCAUCGAGAUGCCCCAUGAUGAUCAUGUGUAUGCCCGACACGUAGCUAAGUGGAUUGAGGAGACACUCAAGGAACACGGAAUGGGGCCGUUAAUUGAUGUUGACAAGGUGUACCCGAAGAACACCAUGCGUAACGAUCUGAAGAAGAAGGAAUUCAAGUUUGGAGACCCGGUCGAACCAUUGUACGACGAUCGGUCUGCGGAAAUACAGCUUAAGAGAUUAAAGGAUGCAGGAACCACAGCAUUAUUUGUACUCGAGGAUGGAUUCUUUAUGGGCACGACGGAGUUAGCUGGGGAGAGAUAUGCUGCUGCAGUAACGUGGGUGCAAACACUAGCGAAUGCUUUCCCUACGAAGGAGAAUCGUGCUGCGUUUGUACUUCUUGUGGAUAUGAUGAAGAAGCAGAGCAGAUGGAAGCAGGCGGACUGGAACACAAUGCUAGACAACUGGAAAGUUUCAGCCAAUGCGAUAAGCUAUCCGACGAAUUUGUUUGCGAGCAAAGAUGAGUUGAGUUUGUGCACGACGUUCACGUGCGGGCUAUGGACGCUCGAGAUCAUGAUUGCUAUCCGUCUCGUUGUCAAGCAUUUUUUCGGCUGCGAGGAAUGCAAACGUCAUUUCUUGAAAGCAAACCCGGAGAGUUUGAUUGAGAAACUUGCACUCAGGGACGAAGAUGGUUCUGACGCUGUAGCAUUUUGGAUCUGGACCAUGCACAACACGGUCAACAAGGUCCUGAGCAAACCAAGAUGGCCAACAAACUUGUCAUGUCCCAACUGUUACUUUGCCAACGAUCAGCCGCCGUCGUUAGACCCCGCGCAAUUGAGCGAAGAAGAUAUCGUUGCAUACGUCAAAAGUGUCUACAAGAUUGAUGGCAAUCUGAAACUUGGACAGCACGCUACUAAUACAACGCCAUGGCUCACGCUUGGAGGAUUCACGUCGAUGGCUGCAGUCGCUCUGCUAAUAGCGAUAUUCGCUACGAUAUUCCAGCAGCACAAGCACCGCCUUGCAGGAAUGAAAGUUUUGAAAACACGCGACCACAUUGCGUAG